UGAAGCUAUAAGCUCUGAAAAUUAUUUCAGUCCUUCUGAAGUCCUCGGAAGGAGUGGUGUGUCUCAGUUCUUCGUCAAAGUCGCGUUCUUUUCAAUUUUUUGCUCUCUAGUCUUUGGUGUCUCUUGGUGUAAUGGCAGUCAGUGUUAUUAGUGAAUAGAAACUUUCGUGCUCGUGUUAUCUUGAUGGGGAUAUCUGAAAAUAAAGCUUGCAACUGCAAAGCCGAUAAGGUCAAAGGGGACGAUAUCUUCUCGCCUUUGAAAGGAAAAAUGAAGGUCCUCAAGAAAAUCAAAAGGCGGAUGGGAUUAGCUUCAAGGUCUGGAUCUAAUGGAGGUGGAACUAACAAUUUGCCCCCAUUGCUGUUCCACAACGUCCACGGGGAGAAUAUCAGGAUUUCGAGGGACGGAACGAUCGCGAGACGAGUUGAGAGUUUUUGCAAAGGCAUCGCUUUCAGCUCGCGCCCAGUCAAAGUCAACGAAAAAAUUUGUAUCAAAUUUUUGGAAAUUUCCAACAACUGGAGCGGCGUUAUUCGGUUCGGGUUCACGUUUAACGACCCGAGUAGUCUACGGUACGGACUUCCAAAAUACGCCUGUCCGGACCUGACCAACAAGCCUGGCUACUGGGCUAAGGCCCUCCCUGAGCGCUUCUGCAGCCAAAACACCGUGUUAUUCUACUACGUCACUUCGACUGGUGACGUCCAUUUCGGAAUCAACGGUGAAGAAAAAGGGAUUUUUUUCAGUAGUGUUGAAACGCGAGGCCCCUUAUGGGCCCUGAUCGAUGUUUAUGGCAACUCAACUGCGAUCGAAUUCGUUGAUAUCCGCCACCAGUUGAACAAUUCUCGCCGGAAUAUUGCCUCAAACAGUUGCGAGAAUCCGCCUGAAGAUGUGGACCGGAUCAUCUAUCGCAUGGAGCAAGUGCAUAUCCAGCAGAGGGACAACGAGGACUUGUCCCUGCCUCUCUUGCGGUACCAACCCCCCCAGCUCAAUUUCAACCCCAUGAUGCUGCACCGGACCCGGGGUCGGAACGUGCGCUUCGGGAGCACGCGGAACAACGCCUACAGAACGGACACGGAGUUCUGCCAAGGCUACGUCUUCACGGCCAGGCCUUUGCAGUUGGGCGAACGCGUCGUGGUGCAGAUCCUAGCCACGGAGCCCAUGUUCCAAGGCUGUCUAGGCCUGGGCCUCACCUCGUGCGACCCCGCGACCCUGCAAUCGGGCGACCUCCCCGACGACUCCAAUUUCCUGCUCGACCGUCCCGAGUACUGGGUUUUGAGCCGCGACUUCGCCCGCAAUUUGAACAAAGGCGACGAAAUCAGCUACUGCAUUUCGCCGACCGGCGAAGUGCAAAUCAGCCGCAACGGUGACAGCCCGCUGGUCGUCAUCCACGUCGACCAGACGCUGCGUCUUUGGGCGUUUUUCGACAUUUACGGGUCCACGCAGCGAAUCCGCGUCUUGAGCUGUCCGGCUCCCGUGUCCCCGGUGCGGAACUUCGAGCGCAGGAUUAUCUCGCCUUCGGCCACCGAGUCCAUGAACAGCAUCAAUAGCCAGUCGGAAAUUCGGCGGAAUUCGGUCAUGCAGUCGAAUUCGAGGUUGUGUUGUGUGGCGCCGGCCGAUAUCCAGGUGCAGCCCGCGACGAAUGGCGGGGCUGUGCUCUCGGUCAUCCUGCCACCAGCUCAUGCCAAUUUCCUCAAUCAGCAAACACAAACUGUGCAUGUUAACCACCAGAAUUCCGUGCAUACGCAGAAUGGACAUGGGCCGCAUCCUAGUUAUGUCGGGCCUGCGAUCCCCAUUUCGCCGGUGGUGGCGCCCGUGCCCAACCUACAGCCCACCGGGACCAUGAUCUCCACCUGCAGCAGUACUUACGUCGAGCCGAUCUCCGACUCGAGUUCGUACUCGACGCCGCUGGGCUGGGCCGAGGUGAACGGGGCGACGGUGGGCACCGGCACCGAAUGCACGAUAUGCUACGAGAACUCAAUCGAUGCCGUCCUUUAUAUGUGCGGGCACAUGUGCAUGUGUUACGAAUGUGCGCUGCAACAAUGGCGGGGCAAAGGUGGAGGGCACUGCCCUUUGUGCAGGGCCGUAAUUAGGGACGUGAUUCGUACGUACAAGUCGUAGACGCUGUCUGGUUUUAGUAUUAUUGCUAGUGACUAGCUCAAGAAGAGAGAGAAUAUAUUUUCAUCGUUUUCCAAGUUACUACAUGAAACCUAAGUUAUUAUAAGUGCUUCCAUUUGAGACAACUGCCUAAAACCAGAGUUUUAAGUGCGGAUGGUGAAAAGACUGAACCUCGUUGAUUGCUGGAAUACUAUUUAAUAUAUUUGUCCUGUCCAUUUGUUAAUGUGUUUAUAACGUUUAGUUGUUUUAUUCAUAUGGCUAUUUUUAGUUUGUAAUAAGACCAAAGAGAGCAGUAAAUUAGUCACAACUGCUGGAUCAUUUGUAGGUUCGCGGAGAGUGAACGUAGUCAGCUGCCGAUGCAGUUUAAACUUAUUUAUUUAUUUUAUCAAACACAAAAUUAUUCUUAUUAUUUAUAGUGCUCCUACAAACUACUCAAUGUUAGAGGUUUAUUUGACUAUUCUCAGACUCGACUUUCGUAUCCCGACCUAUUGUUGAUGUUUUGAGGCAUUUGCAGAGUGUAUAACAAGUGAUAAACAUUCCUAUGAAGAAUUAAAUACUUUACUGGCCAGUUCUUAUUUUUUAAUCAGGCAUUCUUAAGUGACUCCGUUAUUCGAAAACUGACACUUUCGAAGAUGGAUCUUUUGUAUAAUAGUAUUUCUAGUCAUAAGAAUGUGCUGACUUAGUUCGACAUGUUAGUUCAAUUAUUAUACUAUUAUUCUUAAAUAAAAUGUUAUCUAUUACUAAUUUUAAA